AUGAGCAGCACUGAUUUCGCCUCAGCGACACCUUCAAGCCCAUCUUCACCAGACGCUCAAGUCCUCCACGUACCCUUUAAAUCCUCCCUUUCAGUCCCAGGAACGCCUCUCAGCCCCCCGCCGCCCUCCAUCAAGGAUGAAGACAUCGAGUUGCUCGUCGACCAAGAGCUAGCAAAACGGCAGAGCAAAAAGGGCUGGCACCGGAUCUCAUUCCCGCACGGCCACCAUUCGCCCGUGUCCCCAUUUAGCCCAGCCAGUUCAAAGACAAAUAAUAGCAGAGGAGUGGAUAGCACGGAUGGAGGGGGUGCAGAAGGCAGUGACGAAAAUGCUGGUUUGACGCGGCCAGCUCGGGUCGUGCCAAGACGGACGCUCACGGACGGCAGCGUCAAACUCGAGAGAAUUACCAGUGAUUCAAGUGAUCAGACAAGUCCAAAGGGGGAGAAGCUUCCAAAGGCCGUUUAUCGAUAUGUCGACAUUUACGAGAACCAGCGCGGGGCGCUCAACCUGUUCUUUCACGUUGAUGACCCUGCGCCGUUCACCAAAUACGAACGCGACGACAAGGGAACAAAUCAACUCGUACAAGUCAAUCUACCUUAUACAUCUCUUGCGGAUGUCCAGUUGCCUAGUGCGGACUGGGCUUGGCAAGGGCCCGAAUGGUUGAUCGACAUGGCGGGGGAUGGAAUGACCUCUUACGAUGGGUUCCAAUACAAUAACCACUUUCAGGACAAGGGUUGGAAGCCGAUAGCACCCAAAUGGCACAGCUACGUCCUCACCUGUGUCAGGAGACGAAGGUGGCUACGCCUCAUGGUCUAUCUUCCAUCCAUCGUCUCCUCCGACUCCAAAGGCACCUACCACUCUCCAGCGACUCACAUCCCCACCGCCUCGGAACCGGCCACCCCUCACCCGGGGGUCACACCUAUCUCGCCGACAAUAGGAGGCUGGAGAGAAGUCGAAGAACCUCGAGAUCCGUUAACAGAUGUUAGCGAUAUCUGGCGAGGAGACGAACAUGACUGGGACCGGUGCCAUACCGCGCUCAAGCUCCUCCGAAGUGACGGAAGAAAACUAGAGCUGUGGAGUGCUUGGAUUGAUCCACCGGAAGAGGAGGAGGAAGGUGGAAUGUUGGCCGGCAUCCGACCCUCUCUAGAAAAGCAGAGGUGGACGGAAGAUCAUUCGACGAUCAUCCUAGACAAACUCGACACUCCUGCCGAUGCCGGCCCAAGCCCCAUCUCCCGAUUCCUAAUGGACGAACCAAUAAAUAUCCAUUCUCCUUCAGGAGCCGAUUUGGACACUUCCAAGGCACCAAGAGGACCUUUGGAAAGUUGGCGUGAAGGUAAUAGUGACAUGGCCUUGCUUGAUCUCCGCUUUGACAACGUAGAUUACAUACAACCCCCACCGGUGGCCUCAAUUCUAUCCAGUACUAUUCAGAUAUCGAAACUGUCGCUAUCAAACGCAAUGAACCCAUCAUUCACCGUACUCCCCUACCCUCAUCCACGGUCUCGUCCUUCCCCGUCCGAGACUUUCCAAACCAGGAAUGCCUUAGAUGAAAUUGAGAAAGAGAUAACUAAUCUUGAAGAUCAAAUCACUGAUUUUCAGGAACAAAACAGAAAAGUCCAGGCCAGGCUUGCCGACCUUCAGCAACAAAGAGACAACUACAGAUCAUACCUUUCUCCUUUCAGGUGUCUCCCAGAGGAGAUCCUGAAUGAGGUUGUUCAUAUUUGUAUCGAUAAUGGUAUACCUCGUCUCAAGAUGACACAGAUUUGUGUCAAAACUAACCCUCAAAAGGACAAAAAGGAUGGAUGUUGCAGCACAGGACAGCUGGAACUUGCCCUAGAACGAGCCUAUCCAUCCCCAUUGGACGUACAUAUAUGUCCUCAAGACAAUGAAGAGCCACACCUCCUUCGCCUAGAGGAAUUAAAGUACCUGUGCCUAAUCGACUUACCGGAGCAAGCCAUAGUAGACGUGUUGAAUUUAGCAAUGCAGUCAACCAAAGAGGAGAUAACACUUUCUCUUCUCUUACCGAAUGCCUAUUUUCCGAGACUUUUGGAACAUGAGUCCACCCACCUCAUACACACCUCAAAUCCCCACCUUCCACAACUCCGUUCUUUGAACAUCGAUGGGGAUAGAUCAUUUUCCUGUCUAUUUCAUCCAGGAAAUGUUGAAGUGGUCAAGAUAGGUGCCCAACUUCCGUCGGCCUUUGCAUUGGACAUUUUAGGGAAUCGACUGACUAAGCUGACUCUAACUGAGACUGAUCUGGUAGCUAGAGUAGUACCAGAGGGAGUGGCUUUCUGCUUUCCUAACCUGGAGAGGCUUAGGCUUGUAUUUGUGAGGAUCGAGGGUCCACUACGACGUUAUCUCAGAAUGCCAAAUUUAAAGCACCUGGAUGCUAUUGUCGUCAAUUUUCUUCCUUUAAAAGGCAAAACUACUGCAGCUGAAGCUGCAGAACUGGGUGAUAUUAGCGUCUCUGAUGUACUCUUCUCUCCACAGCAUAUUGGAUUGGAGACUAUACACCUGGAGGAGGGUUUAUCAGCUCACUCUGGCAGUGCCAAACUUUGGACCCUAGAUCGUUUCCAUCCCUCAGCGAGAUCAAAAUUGGAGGCUCCUCUGAUCAGUAAAGUCGCUUUACUUCUAGUGCAAAAGGCCGGAGUCAAUUCUGUUGAUCCACCUGAUAUUCCUGUGUAG